UGUUCUCAAAAGUGUUUGUUUUGUUGGGAAUAUGUUUCUCGCUGUGUUCGUUGUACGUUAAACUUCUGUUCUUGUUUAAAUAAUCCGAUGAGAAGUAUUCACUUGUACCAGAAAUGUUUCUGGAGUGUCUGUUUUGACACCAAAGUGCAUCCCAAACAACUGAAGAAAUUUACCUCUACGUCUUACACUUCACAUAACAAAUUUAAAAUGGUUGAUAGCUUACAGAGUGACAACAGUGAAGCCAGAGAGACAGCUCUCCACCCACCAGCCACCGUUCGUGGGCUAACAAAAUUGGACAAAGUAGCUUUUUCGAAAAAUGUUGUGGUCCCGUGUAUAGAGUUUAAUGUCACAUCAGUGAAAUUACAGGAACUAAGGAAAACCUUGCAUAAAUAUUUAUUAAGAAUGGAAAACUUGAAACCAUUGCAAGUUAUCGGAAAUACAGAAGCUGCUAAUGAUGAUGCGAAAAGUGUAAUGCGGAGAUUUCUGUUAAAUCCUACAAUUAUAACUUCUUUUAAUGACUUCUCAGAAGAAGCAAAAAUACAGUUGUUGAAACAAAACAUUACCGAAAAUUCUCUUUGUUUUACGAAUAUAAUGUUGAAUUUUGACAAUUGGAAAGCAGAGGUGUUGCUCAAGUCUGUGUUGCCUUCAGACUUGGAGCCACUCACUUCAUACUCGAUUAUUGGGCACAUUAUUCAUGUGAAUAUACGAGAACAUCUCUACCCAUUUAAGAUUAUCAUUGGAGAAAUAUUGUUGGAAAAAAUUAAGAAUGCUAAAACAGUUGUUAAUAAGACUGACAUCAUUGACAACACCUACAGGAACUUCAAAAUGGAAAUUCUGUGUGGGGAGAACAAUCUGAUUACCCAAGUAAGAGAGAAUCACUGUACAUUUGAACUUGACUUUGCCACUGUUUAUUGGAAUCCUCGCUUGUCUACAGAGCAUGAGAGAAUAAUAUCUAAGCUAAAGCCAAGUGACGUAUUGUACGAUGUGUUCGCAGGGAUUGGUCCAUUCGCAAUACCUGCGUGCAAACAUAAAUGUUUUGUUUUGGCAAAUGAUUUGAAUCCUGAGGCGCACAAGUGGCUUGUACGUAAUGGGCAACUAAACAAGGUGACAGAAUAUUUGACAACAUUCAAUAAGGAUGGAACAGAUUUCAUAAUAAAUGACGUUAAGAAAGAUAUGCUUGAACGCUGGAAGAAUGGAAAAUGUGGUGGUAGUACAAUGCACAUUACAAUGAACUUGCCAGCAUUGGCAGUAACAUUUCUGAAGGUGUUCAGUGGACUAUUUGAACAGGGUGACAAUGUGCCACCUGAUACGUUCAUUGAACCAGUUGUUCAUGUGUACUGCUUUUGCAAAGGUGACACUUCAGAUAAUGCAGCUAUCAGUUUGGUGGAAGAGAACUUGGGCCAUAAAAUUUCACAGAAUCUUGUAGAAGUCUACAACAUUAGAAAUGUCGCAGUGAACAAAGAUAUGAUGCGUGUUACAUUUAAGCUUACGAAAGAAAUUCUAGUUAAUAAUCAGUCUAGAGACUUGGGUCAAGAUGGAGAACCAUCCAUGAAACGACGACGACCUGACUCUGAUGAUGGGGAAGGAAAAACAUAACAAAAAGAGUAAAAACAGUGUCUUUAAGGUUGCUGGUGCAAAGAGCUUAAAAGUGAAAAAUAAGGCUAAACCAGUGAACACUCAGUUGAAAAAGAUAAGUGAAAUAAAUCGCAAAAUGAUAAAAGACAUUGAUAAUCAGCUGGUAGAACUACAUACACAGCUGACACAGCCCUCAAAAACUGCAGCUCAGAAGACAGAGGAGAAAAGGCCUCUGCCUUCUGUUAGUCUACAGAAGGCACCAGUGGAAACUACAGAAGCAACAGAAAAAGUUUGUGCAAUGAAGCUCUGAACUUUUUUGUGUUAUCUUUAGCGUCUGGUGAAUAAAUGUUUUUAUGACUUGUUGAUCACGCUAGUGAAUACAACUUCCUAUUUUAGAGUGA